GAGGGGCCCAGGGAUUCUCCACGUAACCGGCAUUUGGAACCUGUCGAAGGACGGAAGCUCUGCAAAUUCUAACCAGAAACCCUCCUUACCACACAUGGAGUCAACAGCAUGGGUGAAGAAUGGACUGGACAGCGUUAGUGACAAGACAUUGCUCUACACUACGUCGACACUGGUACAGGGACCAGGUAUAGAGACUACGCCUUCCAGCACCACGAUAGACGGAGAGAUCUGCCGUAUCUGUCACAGCAAGGAGGACCUCACAAACUUCAAACCACUGGUAUCUCCAUGCGCGUGUUCAGGGUCUGUGCAGUUUACCCACUUGGACUGCCUGUCCCAAUGGCUCCGCAACAAGGACGCCCCUAGCGAUCGGUGUGAAGUCUGCAAGACGAAGUUUGACGAUGAUGUAGUUCAGAGAUGUCAAGCUUUGGCGGAUACAAGCGAGUCUUCCUCGGAAACCGGAAUCAACCAGUCCCAACCAGAUUCUUCUCUGAGCGGAGUCGGCCUACCCAUCAUGCUCUUCUGUUUGUUCUUCUCAUUGUCGUUGCUAGGUUACACGUCGUACAUUCUCGUUUGCUAUUUCCCGAAAAACAUCGACUGGCUGUCCAUGUUAUCGGUGGCGCUGUGCAUCCUGUUGUCGCUAGUUAUGCUCGUGGUGGCGUUUUUCUGCUUCAAGGCAGUUGUAUCCGAGAUAGGGAGACGCCUUGCGACCAAGACAAGAACAACAGAGGUGGGAGAAGAGCUCACCGAAGUCGUGCAGUUGUAAAGCAAAAAGAAACUGAGACAUCGCCUGAACAUAAAGCCCAUACAUACACAUUUUGUGCAAUAAGUUUUCAAAAAAUUCUUGAGACAGUAUAACAAACUUGUUCACAUUCUCGUUGUGGCUGCUCUAUACCAUUGAAUAACUGAAUAAAGUGUUCAGUGCAGCAA